UAAAAAUAUUAGUGGCUAAACUGUGCCGGAGAAAGUAUAGGCACUGUGAUUCACAUAGUUCAGUGUUCAUUUAGUAGGGCUGGGGUGAAAAAAACACGGUUUCGACUUGAAAUGCUAGAAGAUUGUUGUUCUUGUGUUACUCAUUCAUGCAAAUUGGAGAAGGUAUAAUUGAAACAAGGUUGGCUCUGUUUGAGUCAGUGUGCUGCAGCUGAGCUCAGCUUAAAGGUCGCUGGAAAUCAAGUGCUUUGUAAGUGAGGGCAUUUUGACUACAAGCGAUUCAAGAUAUUUUGGAACCGUCAGCCUCAGGACCGGGCUGUCUUUUUCUCUCCGUGAUAUCUGGUAUCUGAUGUUUUACCAAGGACGCAGGGUACUGCUCCGCAGCUCUUUGAGGCAGCACAAAUGAUUUUUUCUUGCGAUGCCGUGCAGCUGCUUCUAGCCUGUCUCCCGACAGAGAUCUUUGUUAUGACUUCCAGCCCUUAACAUGUUUGGAAAUGAGGACAAAUGGCACAAAGCUUACGAUUGCACUUUGCAGCCAGAAGAAGCAAUACGUACCCUUUGUCAGAGACCUCCGGAGAUGAUUUGGAUGGCCACGUCCACAUGGGCUUCCAAAAGCCAGCACGGAUUUCAGCGUCGAACGUGGUUCAAAUGAAGUUGACUCCCAGACACGCUGCUGGAGCUCCAUUAAUCAAGGAAAGUGUUAAGGCUCAGGAAAGACCAUCUGCUCCUGCGUCUGAAAAUGUUAAUAAAAAGAGCAGCUGUUUACAGAUUUCACUGCAGCCAACAAGGUACAGUGGAUGUCUUCCAUCUUGCAGUGUCUUAGCUGAUGGCGAUGACACGUCUUCGUGUGCUUGUGUCUUGAAGAAUGACAUUGACAGCCCUGCUGUGGCUGAUCAUGAACUGAAUGCUGGCACCGGUGGCCACCUUUUAAGCAGUUCUGCCAUGUGUAGCGGUAGCCUUUGUCACUUUCCUGCCAGUGAUAAUGGAUCUUACAGCAGCACCGGUAGUGACUACGGGUCAUGUGCAAGUAUCACAAGCGGAGGCUCGUACGCAAACAGUGUUGUCAGUGACAGCAGCAGUUACACUUUUCCAUCAAGCGACGAUCCAUUUUUGGGUGGAAAUUUAUAUUCUGACAGCACCUCCCACAGAAGUGUGCCAAUCAGGAUUGCCACUCCACGUGAAAUUUUUUCAAGAAGUACGAGUACAGUUCCUUUUGUCCAGGAUGACUUGGAGCCUGGAUUAGAGACAGUGAAGUUGGCAGUGAGCAGGAACCCGAAAAUGCCACUCAAACGCUGCUCAUCCUUGGUCAUUUUUCCCAGGAGUCCUUCAAAUACCCCACCAACGUCUCCCACGAGUACAAGUACUCUUCCGAGCAAAGGAUCCUACCAAACUUCACACCAGUUUCUGGUGUCUGCCAGUGACAUGGCACAUCAUGAAGAUGGUACCAGUGCUAAAGGAUUUCUUUCAACAGCUGUCAAUGGGCUCCGGUUGUCUAAAACAAUCUACACACCUGGAGAAGUAAGAGACAUCCGGCCACUUCACGGGAAGGGCUCGGCACCAAAGAAAGUUGCCCUGUCACGGAACAGUCCCAAACAGAGUGCCUGGGAGAAGUCACCUGAAGGAUAUUCUUGUGUUUCAGUGCAUUUCACACAACCAAAGGCAAUCACAGCAGAUGGUGAAACUACAGAUGAGAAUUGUCAAGCAGAGAUGUCGGAAGUCGAGCUGAACUCUGAUUCAGAGUGCAUGCCCAAGCUCAGACCCAGGACAUCUGUAUGUUUGCCAUCCUCCCUAAAUGCAGAUUACCAAGUAAAUAUCAGUGGAGAGUUGGAAAGACCAAAUUCCCCGACAAACAAAAGCCAUGCCAUUUUACAAAGGAGUAUUUCAUUGGGAGGAACUUAUCCAAGUAUUUCCUGUUUAUCCAGCCUUCAACACAAUUGUGCUAAGGGGGGACCAUCUCAGUUGCUCAUCAAGUUUGCAUCUAGGAAUGAAGAUCAGGUUGCGGGUUUCUCAAGAGACAACAGAGAUUUCAUAAAUGAACUGUCCAAUUCUUGUAAGACAAGAGAUGAUUUCCUAGGUCAAGUGGAUGUUCCUCUUUAUCCGUUACCGACAGAAAAUCCCAGAAUGGAGAGACCUUACACAUUUAAGGAUUUUGUUCUUCAUCCAAGAAGUCACAAAUCAAGAGUUAAAGGUUAUCUGAGACUAAAAAUGACUUACUUACCUAAAACCAGUGGCUCAGAAGAUGAUAACGCAGAACAGGCUGAGGAGUUAGAGCCUGGCUGGGUUGUUUUGGACCAACCAGAUGCUGCUUGCCAUUUGCAACAGCAACAGGAACCUUCCCCUCUACCUCCAGGAUGGGAAGAGAGGCAGGAUAUCCUGGGAAGGACCUACUAUGUAAACCAUGAAUCAAGAAGGACACAGUGGAAACGACCAACCCCUCAGGACAGCCUAACAGAUGCUGAAAAUGGCGACAUUCAACUCCAAGCACAACGUGCAUUUACCACCAGGCGGCAGAUAUCCGAGGAAACAGAAAGUGCUGACCACCGAGAGUCUCCCGAGAACUGGGAAAUUAUACGAGAAGAUGAAGCCACCCCGUAUGGCAAUCACACCUCCCCGUCCCUUCCACCAUCCAGUCACAUGAAUGCUCAGACUCAUCUCGCAGAAGAAUUGAAUGCCAGACUUGCUGUUUCUGGAACUUCAGCCACCAGCCCACAAGUACCCAGCUCAAAUCAUUCCAGCAGAAGAGGCAGCUUGCAAGCCUAUUCUUUUGAGGAACAGCCUACACUUCCUGUGCUCUUGCCUACUUCAUCUGGAUUGCCACCAGGUUGGGAGGAAAAACAAGAUGAAAGAGGACGGUCGUACUAUGUAGACCACAACUCCAGGACCACCACCUGGACGAAGCCGACCGUACAGGCCACGGUGGAAACCAGCCAGCCGCCCUUGAGCCAGAGCGCUCCUGCAGGCCCUCAGCUGCAGAUGUCCCCCAGUGACCCAGUGCAGCAGGUGGCCCAGCCAACAGAAGCAGAGCAAGGAUUCCUUCCCAGAGGUUGGGAAGUCCGGCACGCACCCAAUGGGAGGCCUUUCUUCAUUGACCACAACACCAAAACCACCACCUGGGAAGAUCCACGAUUGAAAAUCCCAGCUCAUCUGAGAGGAAAGGCGCCCCUUGAAUCUUCCAGUGACCUGGGGCCAUUACCCCCAGGAUGGGAAGAGAGAACUCACACAGAUGGAAGAAUAUUCUACAUAAAUCACAAUAUUAAAAAGACUCAAUGGGAAGACCCUCGGUUGCAGAAUGUAGCAAUAACUGGACCAGCAGUGCCCUACUCCAGGGAUUACAAAAGAAAGUAUGAAUUCUUCCGAAGGAAGUUGAAGAAGCAGAAUGACAUUCCAAACAAGUUUGAAAUGAAGCUUCGCCGGGCGACUGUCCUCGAGGACUCGUACCGGAGGAUCAUGGGCAUCAAGAGGGCGGACUUCCUCAAGGCCCGCCUGUGGAUUGAGUUCGACGGGGAAAAGGGAUUAGAUUAUGGAGGAGUCGCCAGAGAAUGGUUCUUCCUGAUCUCCAAGGAGAUGUUCAACCCUUACUACGGGUUGUUUGAGUAUUCUGCCACGGAUAAUUACACCCUACAGAUCAAUCCGAACUCUGGGUUGUGUAACGAAGAUCACCUCUCGUACUUCAAGUUCAUCGGCCGGGUAGCUGGAAUGGCUGUGUAUCAUGGCAAACUGUUGGAUGGUUUUUUCAUUCGCCCAUUUUACAAGAUGAUGCUACACAAACCGAUAACACUGCAUGAUAUGGAAUCGGUGGACAGUGAAUAUUACAACUCACUAAGAUGGAUUCUUGAAAAUGAUCCAACAGAACUGGACCUGAGGUUUAUCAUAGAUGAAGAACUGUUUGGACAGACACAUCAACAUGAGUUGAAAAAUGGUGGAUCAGAAAUAGUUGUCACCAAUAAGAACAAAAAGGAAUAUAUUUAUCUUGUCAUACAGUGGCGAUUUGUAAACCGAAUCCAGAAGCAAAUGGCUGCGUUUAAAGAGGGAUUUUUUGAACUAAUACCACAGGAUCUCAUUAAAAUAUUUGAUGAAAAUGAGCUAGAGCUUCUGAUGUGUGGCUUGGGGGAUGUGGACGUGAACGACUGGAGAGAACAUACCAAGUAUAAGAACGGCUACAGCGGCAGCCAUCAAGUCAUACAGUGGUUCUGGAAGGCUGUUUUAAUGAUGGAUUCGGAGAAAAGAAUAAGAUUACUUCAGUUUGUAACCGGCACAUCCCGUGUUCCCAUGAAUGGAUUUGCUGAACUGUAUGGCUCAAAUGGACCACAGUCAUUCACCGUGGAGCAGUGGGGUACGCCGGAGAAGUUGCCCAGAGCUCACACCUGCUUUAAUCGCUUGGACCUGCCACCCUAUGAGUCCUUCGAAGAAUUGUGGGAUAAACUUCAGAUGGCCAUUGAAAACACUCAGGGUUUUGACGGAGUUGAUUAGAUUACCAAGAGCCAUCUGUGGUAUUUUGCUCCCUCCAUUUUAUAAACAAAAUCUUGACUUAAAAAUUUUCCAGGUAACUAAAACUUGGCCGCUGGUUGGAGAAAAUUAUAUUUAAACACACACAUUGGAAUAGCCCGACAACUUUACCAUUAUUUUAGUCACUUCGGUAUGUUGCAUUUACACAGUUGUUGCAUCCUGUCUUUACACUAAAGGAUAUGAGCCCUGUGUUUCUGAAACAGUCUUGCCCUUGACAUUGACCUCUGUUACAGUAUUAGCCAGGCAAUUCUUUCUUAAACUACUGAAAUUAUAACUGUGAAACAUUUGUGAUAAGUGUCAUGUGUGAAAAAUUUGAUGCUUUUUGAGAAGGAAACCUGAAAUUGGAGGGGUCUGGGUGGAAUAAUGCUUUACUAUUUAGUAAACUACAAUAUAUCGACUGCUAUUUGCAGCUAUUUAUUUUCUUGUACCCCUGCCUUUUGCACCUUACUGCCCAUAUUUUUAGAAAGAAAAAAAAAACUUGGAAAGUGCAUUACUCUCUAUUUUUAGUCAACUGACUCACUUGCAAAAAAUUGUUUACUUCACUUGAAAAGUAUGUGGCUCUUGUGAGUUUGCAGUUUUUGUCGGCCAGGUGACACAUACGCCGUGUGAAGCAAAUUCUUAAUUGCGGUGGGGAAAAGUAUUAAAGUCUUUCCCUUGCCUUCACAGCACAGAAUUCUUUGGUAUAGCCAUCUUUUUUUUUUUCAUGUUUUCAUGUAGUUAGAAUUCUUUCAAACAUUACAGCUCUAGAAGCAGUAUUUCUAAGUAUGACUUGAAGAAGUAAGUUAAAUGUAUAGUAAGUACCUGCCUUUACAAUUCAUUCUUUAUACUUGCACAAUUAUGUAGUAAAUAUAUGUUUACAGGGUUUAUUGUGUUUACAGGCUAAGCUAAUUUCUGUAGUUGCAUUUUUAUAUUUUUAGUAUCACUUUAGUAAGAAAAAAAUACUUUGUUAAAAAAUAACCAAAGAAUCGUAAUGCAGAAUUUGUGUUCAAUUUGUUACCAUAUUUCUUGUGCUUUUUUUAAAAAGAAAAAUACUGUUUACUAUGAAAAUGAUGAUAUUUUGUUGUAAGUCCAAAGCUCUUAGGGAGAAUCCUGCUUUAACCAAACUCAAGUACAGAAUGACAUGUGCACGCAUUCGGCGAGCGCUUACUGAGUGCCUGCUGUCCCCGGCACUGCGCGAGGCCCCAGGGGUCGAAGUGGUCCGCUUCAGAGAAAUCCAGCUCCGUUCUCAUCCUCAAGGAACAUGGACGUACGUACAUGAAUGCGUGAGUCCAAAAUAAGGCCAAAGGGAAGUGUUGUAGGUUCCAAGGCACCUCCAAAGAUACAGGGUAUACGACUCCAUGCGUUCCUGUAGAAAAUGGUUCUGGAAAAAUUAAACCUAUUCCUCAAUCAAUCUCAAUGGCUUAGGAGUAAUUGUAAAUAUAUGUUAUGAAUCUUCUGGCAUAUAUGCAUAUGCUCUAUGAGAGUUAUAAAACUGUACUCUGGCUCUUCCUGGCUUAAGUGUGUUGAGAUAUGGUAGCAUGAGUACCUGGGAGAGAUCUCAAAUGUGACAGUGGUAAAACCACUUUCCAAACAGCACAGCCUCAGUGCAGUUUAAGGACAGGAUCCACGGAUCGACGCACCCGACCCCACCCCGUAGUGUCUUCAGCAGCAUCAGCCAGCGCUCCAGAACGCUGGCCAGGGCCAACCUGGCUGUUGUCUUGCACCUGUGUGCACUGAACAGCAUGACCUCUCUGGGCUCCAGGCUCCUCCUGUUCAUCUGCCGUGUGCAAGUAACUCUGUCCCAGCCUUACUGUCAUCCCAGACUGUUGGAUGUUCCAGAGAUAAGAGACCUGGCCCUGGGAUCUGUGAAGGACUGCGCGCCAUCAGAGGAUGUGUGGAAUUGGCCAUCAGAUUUGGCCCCAUCACGGGCACAUAUUGCUUGUACCCCAGAGAAGCAUCUCCUGUGAAACAGCAAGGAGCCCUCAUGGACAAGGAAGUAGGAGCAUGUCUGGCACGCAUGCCCAGAUGGGUAUCAAUCUUUAUCUCUAGGCAGAUCUUACCACCAGAAUUCUUUUUCCCCACACCAGCAAUGCUGUACUCCUAUGGGGCAGUUAAUUUUGGAAAUGUUCUCACUGCACAGAACUGAAUGUGAAAACUAUUUUUUUGAAGCAGAAUUUUACCAAAUGAUUACUCAAAUAUCACUUGUGUAAGUUACAGCAGUCGCCAGAGACUGAGGAAAUGCAGAACCUGAUCUUGCUGCUCAGAAAGAACCUGGUGGGAAGGAAACCAGAUUGUCUCCUAGCAGCUCCCAGCGACCAUCAUUCCCUGCUCUCCUGGUGUGGGCUGUCAGGCCAGAGGAGCCGGAAACAGCCCCUCGUCCCACAUCGACAAGUAUCGGCUGCCUUCUGUGGGCGAGUCAGGAGGGUCAUGUUCAGCAAGCGACAAUAUCCUAGUUUUCUAGGCAUUAUAAGCACAUCACUUGAGCCUAUAUUUUUCUCUAAUCAAAAAAUCAUUAACAGUUAUAUUACAAGCGCAUUACAUCAUAGCCAGAAUCCAAGUGGAAUUUGUUUCAGUUUAUUUAUAAUGGUGACAUUAUUCCAUCUAAGAUUCGAAUAUAAAUCGUUUUGAUUAUAAACCAUUGACAUUUUUUAAAAAUCUGAGAUGGAAAUAUACCAAGAUUAAUAUGCCAAAAUUUGUUACAAAUUUUGUAAGAUCUGGA